AUGCAUACAUAUCCCGAAUGGCCCAAUGUCACAUCUUUGGAUAGAAGGUCGAACCAGCGAAAGAACCUCGACAAACGGAAGACAAAAUCGACUUCCACAGCUGUACGAAGCACGCAAAGGAUGAGACAAUCAAACCGUGCUUUUUUCACUGGGCGAGGGACACCUAUGAUCUGCUCGAGCGUGUCGUUGGAAUCGGUAGUCCAAGAUAAUGCUGGCCCAUCCUCAAAUAAACACCACCCCCGUGCAAAAAACGACGUUUGUGCAUACAGAAAUUGUAGCCAAGGAAACGAAGAGGAGAGCCCCUGCAUCAGACCAGUGCAGACCUCGAGAGAUAUCAAGCAAUCGAUAUUGGUGCAACCUCGUCCCAGAAGCUGCCAUAGCUUAAGUGCUGAUGUUCUUGUCCCGCAGCAAUUGCAUCCCACAAAAAAGUCCAGUAAACCUUUGCCAGAACCCCCUCACCCAGAUCCGUCAUCAACAGCUACAGAACAAAGCUGCAGAUUGUCUGUUGAUGUCUCACCAUCUACACCGAAGAAGGACAUACUUGAUAAAGAUAAAGCAAAGGUAUCAUCGGACAGGAGAACCAAGUAUGGAAGCUCUUCCAUAUCACCAAAUCAUGUUACUGUCUGUUCACGAGGGUUUUCUGGUCGAAAGAUUGGACGACCAAACGUACCAAAGCGAACAUCAUCCAUUCGAAGUCUUCGAGCAGCCAAUCAAGAUUAUGACCAAGAUAGAGUCCUAGAUCGCGAUGUGCUAAGGGGUCUCCAUAUUGCGUCUUCGGCAGCUUGCAACGAGCAGAUUGAUUCAUUCAUCCAUGAGAAGACUGGCCUACACAUUCGACAAUUUCUGGCUGAUCUCAUGCCGCUUGAGAGUCUGGGCAACGAACCAGUGCGGGAAUCGAAGGAAGAAAGGUCGAGGAGAAGGCGGGCAGACAUCAGGGAGGUGAAGCGACGAGCGAGGAAAUCUCGACAGAUAAGAGAACGCGCCAUGGUCUGA